AUGCCUAAAAUCACGCACUGCAUUUUCGAUAUGGACGGGCUCUUACUAGACACGGAACGUGUCUAUACCGAAGUGACCCAAGAACUUCUCGACAAGUACGCCGACGGUGUCAAAUUCACAUGGGAUGUGAAAAGCAAGCUCAUGGGCCGUACAGGCACGGAAUCCGCCAGCAUGGUUGUCGAUCACUACAAAUUACCAAUGUCUGUGCAGGAAUACAUGGACAAAAGCUCGGUCAUGCACGAGGAACGGUUCCCGCUUGUGAAACCUUUGCCCGGUGUUGAACGAUUAAUUCGCCAUUUGCACGCCAAGGGUGUUCCCAUGGCCGUCGCCACAUCGUCUACUCGUUCGAAAUUCGAAUUGAAAACGUCGCUUAAUGAUGAACUGUUUUCAUUGUUUGAUUAUAUCGUGUGUGGUGACGAUGCAGGCAUUGAACGUGGUAAACCAGCUCCUGAUAUCUUUUUGGCCGCACAGCAGCGACUUGGUAACCCGCCUGCAGAAAAUUGUCUGGUGUUUGAGGAUGCUACAAACGGUGUUCAGGCUGCCCUGAAUGCUAAAAUGCAUGUUGUUUGGAUCCCUGAUGCCAACUUGUUGAAGAUCUCGGGCGAUCCAGAUUCUCACGGCGCAGCUGCUGUGCUCGAGUCCAUGACUGAUUUUGAGCCCGAGGCGUUUGAAUUGCCUGUAUUUGACACGACCGGACAUCAAGAGACGAUCAAGGACAAGGAUAUUACUGCACCACAAGAUAGAUACUAG